CGAACCACCUACGCUAUGCAUUCAUGUCGACGCCGUCGAAUGCUCCUCGCGUCCACAAUAUUUGCUCUAACGAAUAUUGCUUCGGCCUUCGACUUUACAUGGCCAUUUACUACACAAAGGUUCAAGGGCAACGCUCUCCUCGAAGCUGGGACGCUUGGCCUCGCCAGCGACGUGCGCGUUAUCGCUUUUGGGGACUUCAAUGGGGAUCAGUUCUUGGAUGUUCUGGCGCUUGGAGAGAACCAGCAAACGUUGAUGGUAUACCUAUGGGAUCAUGACGACUUCAUGUUCCGGAAAUCUGCGCAGUUUAGACACCCUUCCAAAGUCUACAACGUUGUGCCUGGAGACUAUACGCAGGACGGCAGACUCGACCUGCUUGUCAUGGGAAAGGGGGAUUCAGACCGGCAGCUUGGGAUGUCCCUCUAUGUUGGUGCUUCUGGCGGAGGGUUUGAGAGAAAUCCACUGCACGUACCGCCGUCAACUCUCGUCCAACCCAUAGCUUUCGACGCAAACGGGGACAUGAAGAUAGACCUCUUAGGGAUUGAUCCAAUAUCGUCAGGCUCAAGCUCUAGUCAUGCUGUCAAGUUCUGGCAAAAUGUCUGGGAUGGCACCGGAUCGAACGUUUUCAACAUCACAACUCCCAAUUUCAACGGUGCUCGCUGCAGACUAUCAAAUCCGCACAGCAAUGCCGUCGUGGACCUGAACGGGGAUUGCUUGGCUGACAUAUUCUUGGUCUGUGACGAUGGGAAUACGAAAAACAGACAUUUUCAGAUAUGGGUCAAUAACAAGGACUAUGGCUUCUCUCUGGCUCAAUCAACUCGGUUGCCGGAAGGCACGCAGGCAAUUGCGUUCGCGGACAUCGAUCGCGAUGGCACGAUCGACAUGAUAUUUCCGACUUGCACAGAUGUAUCAUCUACCACAGGCAUAGGUACUGAAUGCAAGAUCAACAUUGCGUACAAUCAGCAACUACCCCUUUGCACGUCAUCUACAUCACAGGCCAUCAAGAAUGGUAAACGCUCAUGUCGACCACCAGAGGAGCUUUGCACCGCAGAUAACAACUUCAAGUUUGAUCUCAGCGAGAGAAGCGGUAACGAUGCGUUCGUCAGCUUCCCUGUUUCUUCUUUGUUCCCUUCCCGUGCCCGAUCCGCAUCGUCCCUCCUCGUUCUCGACACCUCCUCCAACCCCGCAAUUCCACUUCCCCUCAAAUUGGGCGAUGCCAAUCUCGAUGGAUUCCCCGACCUUCUACCCAUUUCGGUUACUGGGCCCUCUGGAGACCGUAUUCCGAGACUGGUGUUGUCGGUGCCCUGCGCGAAAGGUGUGGCCGGCUGUAAGGACGACGGCAGUGGACGGAGAGGGUGGAAAGUCCUGACCAAAGGCACGGAAACCCUCGAGAGCGUCACCGAUGCGAGAAGCGUGGCAUUCUUUGAUAUGGACGAGGACGGUACGUUGGAUAUCAUGGUUCAGAGGACCGGUCAGGCUGGUGCAGGAAACGUUAUGUUCGUACAGAACAAUUUCUAUUAUGAUGCCUUCUUCCUCCGCGCUAUUGUUCUCAAUGGCGCGUGCGAUAAUGGCUGGUGUACGGUACCUAAUAGUACGGAACGAUAUCACCCAUACGGCGUGAGCUACUCCGGAGCGACGUUCAAAUAUACAGUUAUCGACACUGCUGGUGGACGCUCUGCCGCUCAGGUCGGGCAGUUGCCGCAAACCUCGUACCAGUCCUUGUUGACCCCGUACUCCUUCUUUGGCUUGGGUCGGACCAACAACUAUAUCGAGAACCUGUUUGUAGGGUCGACUAAACACUCACGCGAGCACUACAUCAACAUGGAAGGUGUUAUCCCCAACUCCAAGGUGGUGAUCAUACCUCCUGCGUCGGCCGAAGGUGGCGCAUGGAGGAAGGAGCUGUACCUCAGGCCAGGUGAAUGGAUACCUUGGGUCACGCUGACGGUCAUUGUUGCGACGAUCGUACUUGCCAUCAUUGUCCUGGUGCUACACCUCAACGAGAAGCGAGCAGACGAACUGGAGAGGAGGAAAGCUAGUCACCACAUCAAUUUCGAUGCGUUGUAAUACAUCCGGACUCUAUCUAUAUAGUUGUAAUGUUAUUGGAUACAUAGUAGAUGCACUGCCCAAAUGUCCUCACUCGGUGAUCAACUCCCACUGGCUGAAUUUACCUUCGCCCCCCACGAAGUGUACGCGACCCUCUUCGGCCAGCUUCUUCAAGUGGAUUUCGAUUCCGCGUGCGGCUGGCUCCCACAAGUCCCGCGAGAUAUUCCGGUACAUUUUCUCGACGAUACCCCACACCGUCCACGUCGUAUCCCCGAAUGACGUGGCCCCGCCCAACACUUCUAGGACCCGCCUCUCCCGGUCGAGGCGAUGCCGGAUGUACAUCUCGAUCAUCUUGGGGCCAUCGUCUACGACAGCGCCAUGGGCUGGAUAAAGCUUGGUGUACGGUAGCGACGCACGCACUUGCAGCAUGCGUCGUAAGGAUGCGAGAUAUGGCGCGAGCUCUUCGAAAACGGAAGUGCUUCCACCGAGGACAGUGUCUCCCGUGAAAAGCGCUCGGUCCGCCGGGAAGUAAAGGGAGAUGGAGUCGGCGGUGUGUCCGGGAGUGUGCAAUAUCUGCAGCGAGCUCGAUGGUCCCGAUGGUGUCGUGCUGUCGACGCUAUAGGGAAGGAGUUGUCCAUCUGUCAAAUCGUGAAGAGUUGAUGUGGGGCCAGGGGUGAACGUUCCGGGCGUCAGCGAGUCUAUGGUGGAUUGGAGACGUUCAUCUUUGGCGUGGUUCUCCGGGAGAGGGAACUUGUGUACACGAGGUGGUAUGUAUGAGCCUGUGGGGUUCCUUUGCGUCCAUAUAUCUCGAAGCAGGCCCAGUACUGCUGGUAAGCCGCCCACAUGAUCGUGAUGCCGAUGGGUGAGCACAAUGUCGGAGACGUCUUGGUCGGUAGGUUG